AGCGGAUCGCAACCACGACAACUUCUUGACCAUCAAGGAGUUGGGACAAUAUAUCAACAAGAACAUUGUGGAUCACAUUGAUGAGGCCAUACAACUGAAUCCCCGAGAAUUUCGUCGUGUUGACAUAUCCCCCGCUGACGGCCUCGUCACCUGGGAAGAAUAUCAUCGCUAUUUUCUCAAAGAGCAUGGCAUGACCGAGGCCGACAUCGAUGAGCACAACGAAAUCAAGCACACCGCCUUGAAUCGUAAGGCUCGCGAAGAUAUGAUGCGCGACAAGGCCCGCUGGUCGGAGGCAGCACGCACCGAUCUCUUCACGCUCACCAUUGAUGAGUAUCUCUCAUUUCGUCAUCCCGAAUCGAGUAUAAGUAAUCUCUUGGAGCUUGUCGAUGAUUUGCUAAGGCAAUUUGAUCAGGAUGGUGACGAUCAGUUGAGCAUAGAAGAGUUUUCGGAGGUGAAUGUGGCCGAUGAUGAUGAUCUGAUACGAAAAUCGUUGAUAUCGAAAACUGUGGUGGAGAGGAGAGAAGAAUUUAAGAGAAUCAUUGAAAAUCAAGAUGGCAAAGCUGAUCGCGGAGAGUUGUUGAACUAUGUGAACCCCAAGACGCCACGUUAUGCCCUGCAGGAAGCGGCAACCCUUUUCAGUUUGUGUGAUGAAGAUCGUAAUGGCAAGCUGACGCUGAAAGAGAUCCUCUCGAAUGCUGAAAUCUUUCUCACCUCUAAAAUGAUUGAUACCGCACAGAGUUUCCAUACCGAAUUUUGAAUUUUUUAUGCUGUAGAUCAAACUAUUCUCUCUAGAAUACUAUUGUUAAAACGUACUACAAAAAGAAACUACUAUCUCUCUCUGUGACUCGAACAUAUCCAUUCUGAAGUAAAUUGUAGUUUUUUUU